AUGGUGUUCGCCGGCAUGGGGGUUGGCAUGAGGAGUGCUGUCUCUUGGACGUCCAUGAUCAAUGCUUGCUGCGAGAAUGGGCGCCCAGCCGAGGUGUUGGGAGUGUUCGAGGAGAUGAGUAUUGCUCGUGUCAAGGUCGAUGAGGUCAUCCUGCUUGCCGUCAUAUCGGCAUGCACAAAGCUGGACUGCACGUCGGGUUUAGGCAACUGGGUGGAGGAGUCUGCCCUCGACAGUGGGUUCUUGCAGAACACCAGUGUCGCCAAUGCGCUCAUACACAUGCAUGGUAAGAUGGGGAGGGUGAAGAGGUCGUGCGAGAUAUUUGAUGCAAUGGGUGCUGUGAAGACAGUGGUUUCAUGGACAGCCAUGAUACAAGCACUGGCCAUGAAUGGGCAUGGUGUGGCUGCCCUUGUCCGGUACACGCAGAUGCUCAGAGAAGGGUUCAUGCCUGAUGAGGUUAUCUUCUUGAGCGUGAUCAAUGGCUGUAGCCACUCAAGGCUAGUGAGCGAAGGGCACCAACUGUUCAAGUCCAUGAUCGAAGAGUACCACAUCACGCCGUGGAUGGAGCACUAUGGUAGCAUGGUGGACCUGCUGUGCCGAGCUGGGUCGUUGGACGAGGCAUUUGAGUUCGUCCUGGCCAUGCCUGUUACGCCUGAUCCUGUAAUAUGGCGUGUCUUGGCCAGCGCUUGUCGGGACCAUGGGAAUGCCAGCUUAGCAAGGAGGGUGAUGGAUCAUGUGAUCCGCAUGGAGCCUGACCAUGAAGGGAAUUACGUUCUGGCGUCAAACUUGUAUGCUGCAGAUGAGGAUUGGAGACGUGUCGUAGAUGUUAGGCUGGACAUGGGAGUGAGGAAAGGGACUUCAACGGCUGCUGCUGCCGUGUCUUCCGUUGAAGUCAGUGGUGAAUAA